GCGAGGGGCAGCAUCAUUACACACGAAGGGCUACUUGACGUCAAGAACAGAUGACAACUGCGCGUGCUGAUGGUCGGAAAAACGUUCUGGUGAAAAAAACAACAACCUGCCGGGUGCUUUAAUGAGAUUAAGGGAGAUUAUGGAUUUUCAGCACAAACAAGGUUCUAAAGAGUAUCAGGUUACUCAGCGCUCAUUCCCACAAUACUCAGCAAAUAAGGUUGUCUGCAGGUGACAAUUUCUAUUGUGUACAUUUUACAUUAUAGCUGACCAGUGAGUGGGGCGAGGGCCCUCAUCUGAACAGAAUGACGGACAGUGUGGAGGUAUAUAAGACUCAGCAAAACAAUCAAAGCAAUGAACACAGAUCACUCCAGAGAAGAGACAGUACUGAUGCUGUCACGGGGAGCAGAACAUCUUCUCUGCAGCCCGUAGAUGCACAGCCUGGGUCGGAGGACACAGCCAGCGGUCAGCCAGAGAAAACAGACCUACAGGAAAUGAAAUCUCUCUCCUCUUCUGAGACGCAGCAUCAUUCCACCGGUGAAGCAGGCGGUCAUAGUGGGCAGGUGGCACCCGACGGUGACUGGGGUUGGGUGGUGCUCGCGGCCACUGUCUUGGUGUUGGCGUUGACUCUGGCUUUCCCUUCCUGCAUCGGGAUUUUUUACAAAGACUUGCAGAACGACUUUCAAGCCAGCAACACAGAGACGUCUUGGGUACCAGCCAUCAUGAUGGCCGUGCUGCACGCAGGCGGCCCAAUAUGUAGUGUUCUCGUGGAGUGCUGCGGUUGCCGUGCAACAAUAAUUAUUGGCGGCUUUCUGAGCGGACUGGGAAUGGCGGCCAGUUCAUUUGCACGGACAAUGGUGGAACUGUAUAUGACUGCUGGCAUCAUCACAGGAUUGGGAUUCUGUUUGUCUUUCCAACCAUCAGUCACCAUGGUGGGCCACUACUUUGCGCAUCGCAGGGCGUUUGCCAAUGCCCUUUCUUCCACCGGCACUGCACUCGGUCUCAGUACACUACCCUUGCUGGCCAACGCUCUACUCAGCAGAUUUGGUUGGCGAGGAAGCUUUUUGAUACUAGGAGGAGUUCUGCUGAACUGCUGUGUGUGUGGGGCCGUCAUGCGACCUCUCGGGGCCAAACCAAAGAGACAAGAAAGAACCAAACAUACACACAAUCAACUCUCCAGCCAUCAGGAAAGAGAAGGUCUUAAAGGGCGUCUGCGGACCACUCUCUCCACCUUAAUGCCUUUCUUGCGCCGGCACAUGGCUUUUGACCUCCUGUGCAGUAACCUUCGCUUCCGUGCCUAUGCUCUCGGGGUGUCUGGGAUGAUGGUGGGCCUCGUGGUGCCUUUAGUUUACUUGGUUCCAUACACCACUGCACAGGGUGUGGACCAAGACCGAGCCGCUCUGCUCAUGGCUAUACUUGGAUUGGUGAACAUCACGGUUCGGCCAGCAGCUGCCUUCGUGUUCGGCCUGCCUUUUUUCCAGGGCAGCCGUAACUUUGUAUACCUGUUUGCCAUCGCUGUGCUGAUCAACGGAUUGAGCAACUGCAUCUGUGGGAUGGCGACAAGUUUUACGGUGCUACUGAGUUACGUUAUAAUCUAUGGGUUUUCCAUGAGUCUUAUCGGGUGCCUGCUGUUCACCGUACUGAUGGAGACGGUAGAGAUGAGCCGCUUCCCAUCAGCCCUAGGCCUCAUCAGCAUUAUGGAGAGCAUUAUGCUGCUCAUCGGUCCACCGCUAGCAGGCGUCCUAGUCGACAGCACUAAGCAGUAUAGCUACGUGUUCUUCGCUUGCAGUGUUACUGGGUCCACAGCUGGUCUCUUCAUCAUGCUGUCCUUCUACUGGCUGGACAGAGAAGAGGACACAGAUGUUGAGAGAUCCUUUUCUCUCAAAGACACAGAUUCUUUAAAGCCAAGUAUCAAGAUUGACUGUGAUUACAGUCAAGUGCCUUUAUAUAAUAAGAAUAUCAGAGAUAUUGAGACUGAUGUAUGAACCAGGAAACCACCUUAUGUGCAUUAAGCAAACCUACUUUAUUACAUACAUGAUAAACUGUAUUUUCUGUCUUUUCCUGUCCUCAUCAUAUUGGUUUAGAAUCAGUUACUGCCAUUAUUAUUAACACACAUAGCUUUUGUAGUAUUGUUGUGUACACAAUAGAUUGGACCAGAACUGCAAGCCUUACUUUUCACAGUUCCUUUCUGUUAUUUAACCAAAAACAUAUUUAUGUUUAUUACUGAACAUUUUUUAAGUUCAAUUGUAACUCAAUCCUAAUUCUAUAUGAAUGAAAAAUGCCAAUUGAAACUGACAUUCAUAUUAGUUUUUGAUAGCAGAUAAUCCUGGGCACAAAAUAACGUAGAACAGAUCAUGUGUGAGAUACUGUAGCCUUGUGUAAUGAAUGCCUUAAAUUAUAUUAUUUAUAAUGCUCUGUUAGCUUUUGUUUUAUGUAGACGCUGCUUUUCAAUCAGUCAUUUAUUUAUAUAUUUAUAAAGAAAAAGUUUCAUUGUG